CUGAACUAUCGUUGUCGUCACUUCCGCGUUCACGACGUUGCCAAAUCGACCAUUAUUUCAUCUGCGAAAGAAAAAGUACUGCGGUGUAGUGUUAUACUUGAGCUGUUUCGUGUCAGUUAAAAGUUAGUUGUGUUGUGUUGUGAAAGAAUAAAUUAUGACAAAUUUGAUAAAAAAUAUAAAGCGACUGCCUUGGGCAUUCGUUAAAUAACACACACUCUUAUACGAGGUGAAUACCAGGCUGCUAAUCAAUCUUUACAAAUAAAAUCUACUGUGUUUUUUCCAUGCAAUAGAAGAUUAGCUGAUGUGAAUUGAACACACCUUGAAACACAGAAAAUUGAAAGAGAAAAACACUGAGAAAAAGAAAACAUAUAUAAUAUGCAGCGGAUGUGGUUUAUAGAGAACAAAGAGGACGGGGAAUACAAGCAGCAAGAGGAGCCACGUGAGACUAACUUCAUCGAGGUGGCAACUGAACAUACAUCAGACAUGAGGGGAUCUAAAAGAGAUUGGAUUUUUAGAGUCCAAGUACAUAAAAUAGAAAAAAAUGAAGUUUUGUAUGUAGUGGGUAAUUUGCCUGAACUGGGUGCUUGGAAUCACAAUCAGGCAAUUCAGUUGUCACAGGAACAUGGCAGUCGGGAUUCUCCUAUACUUUUUGACAGUAAUAGUAGUGGAGAAUUUUAUAGUGACGAUGGACAUGACAAUGCUGGAGAUAAUUCAUUUGGUGAUAUAGAUGAUGAAGGUGGAAGAAUAUUUUCACAAAAAGUUGCACUUCCCAUUGAUGCUGAUGUAGAAUUCCGAUAUUUUGUUGCUGUCAUCUGUCAUUCUAAUGGUACUAAAAAUUCGGCCAAGACUCUUAUUAUUCGUAGAUGGGAGACUCAUAUGACACCACGCUUUAUUAAGAAAAAUACACCUAGCAAUUUUAGUAGUGACACAUUGCCUGAUCCAGACAAAUUUGGUUAUUAUAAUGGCUACUGUAAAAUUGAACGAGGCUGGUUGACCGAUGAAACUGUGAUACAAUUUAAGCUUUUUAAUAAUCCAAUUAAGUUAUGGAAAAAUCGACUACAAAAUAGAAAAGUUCACAUUAAAAUGACACCUGUAAAUUUAAUUAGACACAAUUCUUUAGAAUUGCAACAAUUUGGUGGUGAUUGUGUAGAUGAUAGUCUUUCUAUGGAUACGCAAGAUAUUAUUGAUCAACCUGCCUUUAGUAUUACAGAAGUUGCGGUAAUGAAUGAUGAAGAAGCUCGUUUCAAGAUACAAGAACAAUUUGGUCGAGCUUACAAUGAAGACGAAUUUAUUAUCUUCAAUGUUGCAGUUCGAUAUCCUGAAACUAUUGCUUAUUUGGUGGACUACUACGUAUACAGCUCAAGAUGUUUUCCAGGAGAACCACCAAGUCAUAUUGGUUUCAGCUAUAUUUUACCUAGUACAUUACAAUCAAGUGUUGGGCUUCUAACAGUACCAAUUACAAGCACAAAGCAUAGACCAAUUGGACAACUUACGUUAGAAUAUGUUGUGAUAAAAUCAAUUCCAGAUUAUCCAUGGGAUAUGAGUAUUUCAUAUGCUAAACAUUGGGAACAACGGUGGUCUGGCCUAGAUGUAGGACAUAGGGGAUUAGGUACUUCUUUUCAAACAAAAAACUGUGCUAAUGUGCGUGAAAAUACAAUAGCUUCUUUAAAGACUGCAUCAUAUCAUGGAGCUGAUAUGGUUGAAUUUGAUGUCCAAUUAUCUAAAGAUCACAUACCGGUUAUUUACCACGAUUUUUAUGUGUCUAUUUCAUUAAAACGCAAGAAACAAAUAGAAGCUAUGGAUAUGCUAGAAAUACCUGUUAAAGAUCUUACAUUAGAACAACUACAUCUAUUGAAGGAUUUUUAUUACCCGGGGGACUCGUUGGGUAAGGUGCUGUAUUUCGUUGAUAAAGCUGAGCAGGGGGUUAACCAACUGGUGUAUCAUGUGGCUGAAGGUCGAGAAAAAAAUCCAAGAUUUUUUGAUGAAGAUUUAGAAGAUCAUCAACCUUUUCCUACCCUUCAAACUGUUCUUCAAGAAUUAGAACAACAUGUUGGCUGUAAUAUCGAAAUUAAAUGGACUAUGCAAUUAAAGGUAAAAAUAAUAAGUUUAUAUACUUAUUUUAAUAUGUAUUUGGACAUUAUAUUGAAAGUCGUUCUAGAAUAUGGAGGAGAUAGGAAAAUUGUUUUUUCAUCAUUCAAUCCAGAUAUUUGUGCCAUGAUUCGUCUUAAGCAAAAUAAGUACCCAGUAGUAUUUUUAACACAAGGUGUAACUUCAAAAUAUCCUACUUAUCAUGAUCCGAGAUGUCAAACGAUACCAAUGGCUGUUAGACAUGCAUUAGCAGCUGAUAUUUUAGGAAUUAAUGUUCAUACUGAAGAUAUUCUUAGAGAUCCCUCACAAGUCAAAUUUGUAAAAGAUGCUGGAUUAAUUAUUUUUUGUUGGGGAGAUGAUAAUAAUGAUAAAGAUACAAUUCAACAUUUAAAGAAACUUGGCUUGCAUGCAGUUAUUUAUGACAAAAUUGAUGAAUAUAAUGCAAAAGAAGUCAAGGAAAGUAUAUUUCUAGUUGAUGCAAGAGAAAAUCAAAAGGCACUAAUUGCUUUAGCACAAUGUAAUCAGAGUUGUGCACCUCAACCUCAAAUUACUAAUUCUCUAAAUUCAGAAAAGGAUUAUUAUAUGGACAUUGAUAAAUCACGAAAUAUGAUCACAACUACAUCAACUACAACUUCAUUUGCAUCUUUUGGUAAGAAUAGUAUUGGUGAUGAUAAUAAUAUAUAUCCAAUGUCAACCGUUAAAUUACCAAGUACAUGUGAUCAUCAGGAGAGCAAAGAGAUCAGUGAAAUGACGAAAGAUUUUAGCGUUUGUGCAAAGUCUUUCGGCCACUCAGUAAAAGCAAAAAGUAUCUCAGACUUAGUUUGCGGUCAAACAACAACAUUAUCAGAGAUCUAUGGAGAGGAUGAUACUGCGAAAGACUGUCUUUGAUGUUUCUCUUUUAAGAAGCCGUUUAUGUCAUGGUUCUGAUUUAGAAAACACUGCUUAGAAAAGACCACAAGAGGAAAAAAAAAGCCGAAGAAAAUGUUUUGUAACUUGUAAUUUACUAUAAUAUUUAGACCAAAGGGGUUAAACAAUUUUAGUUUCCCUAACAGUCCUAGGAUCCAUAACAUUGGAUCAUCUUAACGGCCAUUAUGGAAUAUAUUUAUAUAUUAAUGCACAAGAAA